AUGAGAUUUGCGAAAGGAAUACUUUUCUCAUGGCACAUAUUCAUAGUAGUACCGUACUUCCAGAUAAUCAUCCAUGGUCACAUUUACAAACAAAAGGGGAAUUUAACAUUAAGUGAAGAUGACAUAAAAAGAAAAACUCGAACGCAUGUCAGCAAACCAGCAAAAAUUUUCUCAAGAAAGUAUUUUAACAAUAAUCUUCCUUCUCUAAGGAUAUGCAAAAAAAGGACAAGUCAGUUCAGUGGUCUCAUAGGGAAUAAUGUUUCGCCCCGUUUGACUAGUUUACCAUUCAUUAGAUCGUGCCAUAGGAGCAAAGCCUCUAGGUACAGCAUAAGAGGGAAAAAAAUAAACAAAUUUGUUUUCAGCAUUUCCAAACGUGUUGUAGACCCCUGCAGAGAAAGCAGUAACCAUUUUAUUCUUUUCUCAAAUCUAAACAAAGAUAAUGAAGAAACGAAAUUCAAUAGUGAUAGUACUAAGCUAGACUAUAGCAAUGGGUACUGCACCACUCCAAGUUACGACAACAAUGAGGAUAAGCAUUUGGAAGAUCACGUGAGGGAACCAUAUUUAGUGCACCUUGCCAAAAAUGGAGAUUUGUCAUUUUUCUAUGGAACAGCAACUCGAUCAAUGAAUUAUUCAACAUAUGAAGAUAUUGUGAGGAAUAUAGAAACACAAAAAGACAAGUUUUACACAUAUGAAAGUGACAAGAUAAGAGAAAACCAAAAGAAGAAAACUGUUAUCGAUAAAAAGUACACUCUCAUUAGAGGAAGAGUAGAACAAAGAGUGAAGGAAUCGAAGAGAAUUUUUCUUAAAAUAAGACAAAACAGAGGAGUAUACAUUACCUGUGUGUAUGAAAAGAAAAAAAAUAAUACAAGGGAGGGUGAUCAUAUAUACAAGUAUAUAAAAAAUUUAAGGAACGAAAGCAUUGUCGAUAUUGUUGGUCAUGUAAAAGUACAUGGAAAUUUGACCAAAUGCACUUUACCCUUUUUAGAAAGUAUUUACAAUGAAAAAUGUAUAGAAAUACUUGUAACCAGUGUGUCUUGUCUUUCUGAAUCUUUUGAUUCUGUGCCUUUGAUGGUGAAUGAUAGCAGGCCUUGUUGGAUGACCCACCGAACGGGAACAGGUAGUGCCGCCAGUAUGGGUAGUGUCGCCAGUAUGGGUAGCGAUGACAGAACUCCGAAUAGAUGUGGGGUGGGUCCGAGCGGAAGACAGAACCCCUCAAAAGUUAACACAAACAAAGUAAUCCUCAAGUUGCAGAACCCGAGUCUGCACAACAGAAAUGCUAUUAACCACUUAAUAUUCGAAGUGAAAAGCAAAAUUUCGCACAAAUUGAAGGACAUGCUGCAGCGUGAUCGGUACACGGAAGUAUUUACAUCGAAGUUUGUUGAACUUGGUAAAGUAAAGACUUCUAUUAAUUCCUUGAACGGGGCAAAAAAUUUCGACGCAGCAAAAGAUUUCGACACAGCAAAAAAUUUCGACACAGCAAAAAAUUUCGACGUGGUGAAUGAGCACGCAGGCGAACUGAACAGCCAGCUGAAUGGGUCCGAAGGAGGAUCCAGUUGUUACAAAAUCGAAGGAGAAAAUUUGAUAUUGGCACAGAGCCCUCAAUUCUACAAACAGAUGCUAAUAAAUUCUGAUUUUGAACGUAUCUACGAGAUGAACUAUUCAUAUAGGAAUGAGAAAUUCCAUACGUCGAGGCAUCUAAAUGAGUUUGUUUCAUUGGAUAUAGAACAAGUUAUAUAUGAUAAUUACUAUGAAAUAAUUAUGUAUAUGUAUAAUAUCUUGCAUCGAUUAAAUGAUUAUAUAAAUGAGGUCUUUUCAGCGGAACUAAAUCUGAUAAGUUCACUACAACAUGGUAGAGGAAACCAUUUUGAACCAAGCAAAUUUCCCGACAUUCCAUUUGUUCUUUCCUUCUGUGAUGCUAGAGACAUACUCAAUAAGUAUUACCAGCACUCUGAAAAUGAAAUUACUGAUCCUUGUGUCUCUGACGUACAUCUUGAGAAUGUGGAUCAAACAUGGAAGAUGAAGAAAAAGCAAAGUCAGUUGAAUUCCAUACACAAUGACAACCCAGAGAAAUAUGUAAAACUUCUUACCAAUGAAGAAAAAGAUCAAUUAAAAAAAAAAAUAACAUUUGAAGUAGUCCCGAGUGAAAAACCACACAAUGUGUAUUUUUAUAAAAAAAUAGAGAGUAUGUAUAAAGUUCACCACUCCCAGGGAAAAAUGUGUGGCAAUAUAAGGGGAAGCAUCCACAAUAAAAGAAAUGACCAAUUUACAGAUGAAACAGGAGAGACGCUAACAAAAAUGGAUCGGGGAAAAGGCCCCUUCGAUGUCUACUCUUUCUUAAACACCUUUAACCGAGAUGAAUUUUACAAAAAGUUACUAUUAUUCUUCAAUCGCUUGUAUGAUGAGGAUACCAGAGUAGAGACUCCCUCCCAGCGUUUACAUGAAACGGUACAUAAUCAACUGAACAAAGUGAACACAUUUUGUAAUGUGCAAGAGAACGGAUGGAAGAGCGAAGAAUGUUGUAAGGGAGAACAAAACAAAGAAUAUGUCACAUCAAAUGAAAGAGGUCAGUGGGAUAAAGAAAUCUUAGGAGAAGGCGAAGGAGGAGAGAUUAGAAAUGAGCGUGUGCAAUGCAAGAAUUCUCUUUUGAACGUACUUAACGAGAAUGUAGAAAGAAAAGAUAAAAUAUACCUAAGCGAAAGUUCAGAAAAUAAAAAGAUAAAGGAAAAGUACCUUCAUUAUGCCGACUUUACAAAUGAAGAAUUAAAUUUUUUAUAUAAAUUUUUAAAGAAAAAUUUUGACAUUGAUAUUUUCAUAAUAGAUCAAUAUCCAUGGCAUCUCAGACCAUACUACACAGCACAUAAUAUGUAUGACCUUCGAUUUACAAAUAGUUUUGAUUUUAUUUACAAAGGAAUAGAAAUUAUUUCAGGAAGCCAGCGAAUUAAUAACUUACCUCUCCUUUUAUUCAAAGUUUUAAAAACAUGUGGCUCACCUCAACAUCAUGAUUCAAAACACCAUAAUUCAAACUGGAAUUCCUUCUUCUCAUCGUAUGUGAAAAUGAACAAUAAAAAUUUCACAAUUUCGAAUUAUAUAAAGGAUUUUCAAAAAUUUAUAAACCACGAUUCAACUUUGUACCAAUACUUCAAUUCUUUUCGCUUUUCUUCAAAUCCUCAUGGUGGGUUGGCUCUUGGCUUUGAACGUUACCUCAUGGCUACUCUAAACUUGGGCAAUAUAAAGAGCACAGUUUUUUACGUUUGA